AUGGCACUACAUUCAUCCCUUGCUGUCGCUUCUGAUCCUAGCCCUUCGCAGGAUUUUUGUGUUGCAAUCAAUGAUCCCAAUACUGCUGGCUGGUUUGGUGUAUUUGUGAAUGAAAAGAUUUGCAAGUACCCAAAGGUUGUGAACGCUGACGAUUUCUUCUUUCAAGGACUGAACAAACUUGGGAAUGCAGCAAAUCGACAAGGUUCUAAUGUUACUGCUGCGAAUGUCAACAAUCUAGCUGGGCUCAACACUAUGGGAGUUUCCCUAGCUGGUCUCGAUUUCGUUCCUUAUGGCCUAAACCCACCCCAUACUCAUCCUCGUGCAACCGAGGUCCUAUUCGUGUUAGAGGGCACUCUUCAUGUUGGUUUUGUCACUUCAAAUCCUCCAAAAAACAUCAAAAAUCAACUCCUUAUGAAAACGUUGAAUCCAGGAGAAAUUCCUCAGUACUCCCAAGGUUUGAUUCACUUCCAAUUUAAUGUUGGGAAGAUGAAUGCUGUUGCAUUUGCUGGUUUCAGCAGCCAAAAUCCACAAGUCAAUACUAUUGCAAAUGCAGUCUUUGAAUCAAAUCCUCCUAUUUCUCUAGAUAGUCUCACUAAGGCGUUGCUGCUUGACAAUAAAGUCAUUGACUUACUUGAGGCAUAG